UACUUGUUUUAAUUUGAAAGUUUUGGCCGGAAGUUACUGCCACCUGUUGGUGUACUUGACUCUGGUCUAAGACGCAUGGGUAGACCACCACCGAGGAGGCUGUAACUCAAACUACAGCCUGUUGCUCAGACAGACACUAUUGAAGCAGCAUGUCGUGGCUCUUCGGCUGGUGGAGGGGCUCCGGUUCGCCGCCGUUGGAGGAGCAGAUAGCGGCUGCUUCUGCUGAAGCGGCCGGGGGAGCUGCAGGAGGCUCAGGGGGAGGCAAACCCGUGGACAAGUGGAGCAACUUUGACCCGACUGGACUGGAGAGAGCUGCAAAAGCUGCAAGGGACCUCGACAAAUCACGACAUGCCAAAGAAGCGCUGGAACUGGCUCGUAUGCAGGAGCAGAGUGUACAGCUGGAGCAUGCCAGUAAAGUGAAAGAAUAUGAGGCAGCUUUGGAGCAGCUGAAGGGCGAGCAGAUCCACCUCCAGGGCGAGGAGAGACGCAAAACUCUGGUAGAGGAGACGAAGCAAAACCAGGCAAGGGCACAAUAUCAAGACAAACUUGCAAGGCAGAGGUAUGAUGAACAGCUCAGGCAACAGCAAUUCCUCAACGAGGAGAACCUUCGCAAACAAGAGGAAUCUGUUGUGAAGCAAGAGUCCAUGAGAAAAGCUACCAUCGAACAUGAAAUGGACCUGAGACGCAAGAAUGACCUGCUUCGAGUUGAAGCGGAGGCCAAAGCCCGUGCCCACGUGGAGCGGGAGAACGCUGACCUGAUCAGGGAACAGAUCCGUCUGAAAGCUGCUGAACACAGACAAACUGUCCUUGAAUCUAUAAAGACGGUGGGAACGGUGUUUGGGGAUGGAUUCAGGGCCUUCAUCUCUGACGGGGACAAAGUCACAGCCACGGUUGCUGGCUUGACCCUGUUGGCAGCAGGAGUGUAUUCUGCCAGGAAUGUCACAGCGGUGGCUGGCCGCUACAUAGAGUCUCGUCUGGGGAAACCCUCACUGGUCCGAGAGACCUCCAGGAUAACUGUUGUAGAGGCCAUCAAACACCCAAUCAAGACAACCAGGCGUCUGAGAAGCAGACCGCAGGAUGCCUUGGAGGGUGUGGUGCUCAGUGCAUCUUUGGAGGAACGUGUGAGGGACGUUGCCAUCGCCACUCGUAACACCAGGCAGAACAAAGGCUUGUACAGAAACAUCCUGAUGUAUGGGCCCCCGGGAACUGGAAAAACACUCUUUGCCAAGAAACUGGCUCUCCAUUCAGGGAUGGAUUAUGCCAUCAUGACAGGUGGGGACGUGGCACCCUUGGGGCGCGAUGGAGUCACUGCCAUGCACAAGGUGUUUGACUGGGCUAGCACCAGCCGGCGAGGCGUCUUGCUGUUCGUAGAUGAAGCUGAUGCGUUCCUGCGUAAGCGAGCCACUGAGAAAAUCAGUGAGGACCUCAGAGCCACCCUGAAUGCAUUCCUCUACCGCACUGGGGAGCAAAGCAACAAGUUCAUGCUGGUGCUUGCUAGUAACCAGCCAGAACAGUUUGACUGGGCCAUUAACGACCGCAUUGACGAGAUUGUAAACUUUGCGUUGCCUGGUCAAGACGAGAGGGAAAGAUUGGUGCGCAUGUAUUUCGACAAAUUUGUGCUGGGUCCUGCCACUACAGGGAGACAGAGAUUAAAGUUGACUCAGUUCGACUAUGGCCAGAAGUGUUCAGAAAUUGCAGCGCGAGCAGAAGGCAUGUCUGGUCGUGAAAUUUCCAAACUUGGUGUGGCCUGGCAGGCUGCUGCAUACUCUUCUGAAGAUGGAGUUUUGACCGAAGCGAUGAUUGACGCAAGAGUUGAUGAUGCUGUCAAGCAGCAUGCACAGAAAAUGGACUGGCUGCUGAUGGAAGCAGGUGCGGGGGUUGGCAAGGUCGGUGUACUCCUCCCUAAGGACAUAGCUGCAGGAGUCGCAGCAGAGGAAGCUGCUUCACUUGCACAAACCGAAGAUGCAACCCCCACUGUACAACAAGUUCUUCCACUCCUCGAGCUUGUGAGCAACGCUGCCCUGGCAGAAGCAGCCGCUCUGCCUUCAGAAUUGGAGGCAGAUGCUAUCCUCAGAGAGGCAGCCACUUUGGUAAAAGAAAGUGAAGCUGUUGCUGUAGGAACUCCAGUCUUGACUGAAAUGGUUGAAACCAUUGUUGAGACCGCUUCUGCUGCCCCGUUGGUGCAGGAGGUUGAGGCAAUCAAGGACCUGACUGAGGAGGUUCUAGGCACAGCUGUAGUUACAGACACUGUUGUUCCUGAGGUUAAGGAUAUAAUCACUGAGGUUAAAGAGGCUGAGGUUAUACUAGCUUCCACCGUCGAAGAGACUGCUGCUGUGAGUAAAGAAGAGCCAACUGCUGAUGUAGCUGUGCAAGAGACGGAGGCCAUCAAAGUAGUCGAGGAGGAGAAGGAUGUUGUUGCACACUCAGAAACGACAGUCUCUGCUGUUGCUCAUGAGAAAGAAUUAGAUGCUGUUGUCCAGGAGCCAGAGGCUGCAAUAGUUGGACUGUCCCAGGAGACUGUUGUCCAAGAAACUGAGUCAGCUGCCACAUCUGUUGCUGGUGUAGAAUCUGAAGCCACCAAGGCUGCUGACGAAGUGGCAACUGAUGCUGCAAAGGUUGCAGAGGAAAUUGCAAACGAUGUAGCUGAAGUGUCUGAGUCCCUGGAAAACAUUGGCAAAGAGGCUGAAGCAAUAGCAACCGAUGUGGCUAAGGUGGCUGAUGCUGUCGCAACCGUCACUGAGGAGAUUGAGGCAGUAGUAACCAAGGAGGUUGAUGCAAUGGAAAGUGAUGUUGUCAAGGACCAAAAUGAGGUUGUUGUGGAAACUGUGUCUGAAACAUCCCAGGUUACUAAAGAGGUUGAAGCCGUAGUGACGGAUGUGGUCAAGGAGUCAGAGAGUAUCGCUGCAGAGCUCGUUAAGGAGGUCGAACCUGCGAUGGCUGAAAUGGCUGCCAAAGAAGCUGAAGUCAUCUCAACGGAGUCUGCCAUUGAAACUGAAGCCAAGGAGCCUCCGAAUUCUGCCAUUGAGUUUACUACAGAGGGUCAGACUUUGGCAACAGAGAUUGCUUCCAAAGAAGCCGAAGUCGCACCUGCAGAAGUUUCCAAAGAAGCCGAAGUCGCACCUGCAGAGGUUUCCAUGGAAGCCGAAGUCUUAACAACCAAGGAGGCUGGCACUGUGGCUACAGAAGAUGUGAAACUGCCCGAGACUACUGAGGUUAAUGUCAAUGACGCUGAAGCCAAAACAGGUCCAGCCACCGAGAAGUCAGAUGCCUCUCAAACUCCCAGCACUGAAGAAGCUGAAACUGAGAAGCCUCUUUCAAACAAACCAAGUGGAGAGGACAAAGACAAACCACAAGCCAAGCCAACGAAAUGAUCACUUGGAAUCUGAUGAAAUGCUAUUGUGAAUGAAUAGCUGUUGAAAUUGUUAAACUCUUGUGACAUUCACCUUGAAUUCUGUCUACUUUUCUAUCAAUGUUUGUAACUCAAUUACUGUGAAUGCUAAUAUUAGGGUAGUAUGAUUAUGGCCUGUAAGUUUGCAAGAGUCUGAGUAAAAGCAUUUGUGGACCACAAC